AGGACGCACAGAGAGGCUGACGGAGCAUUAAUGAGAUACUGGCCGGUUAGAGUUACAGGGAUGCAGUUUUAGCCAUAUUCCAGCACUGUCUUUACGUUUACUCUGUGGACUUGAAAUCACGAACAUUGGGACGAUUUCGCCAUUGAAAAGAAACUUUCGUGGACUUAUUUAUUCGUAAAAAUGGGCUUGGAACGAUUUCGCGCAAAGACGCCGGGGACAGUAGCCCUUCUCGCCCGUUCACUCCUUUGUAUUCUCGGGCUAUUACUCACUUUUUCCCAGCCUGUCUGCGAGGCGUUCAACUUGGACGUGGAGAACCCAGCUGUUUACAGCGGACCUAAUGGGAGCUACUUCGGAUAUGCGGUUGACUUUUAUUUGGCAGAUUCUGCCAGUGCAAGUGUGGUGAUAGGAGCUCCCAAGGCCAACACAAACCAGGUCAAUGUUAAAGAGGGAGGUUCUGUCUUCUACUGUCCAUGGGGCCUCAGCCAAUCAGAUUGUCACGCAAUUGAGUUUGAUACCGAAGGGGAACGCACUUCCUCGGUCAACAACGAACAGAUUGAUUUCAAGUCCCACCAAUGGUUCGGUGCCACUGUGCGAUCUCAUGGUGAUGCAAUUCUGGCUUGCGCCCCUCUCUACUCCUGGCGUACUGAAAAGGAAGUUGCCCAUUCUGACCCUACAGGAAGCUGCUACCUCUCACUUCAGAAUUUCACCAAAUUUGUGGAGUAUGCACCCUGCCGCACAGAGCUCAGUGAUGCAGUAGGACAAGGCUACUGUCAGGGAGGAUUUAGUGCUGACUUCACCACGGAUGGCAAAGUGGUGUUGGGAGGGCCAGGCAGCUACUAUUGGCAAGGUCAGGUGAUCUCUGCAACUAAGGAGGAGAUUAUUAAAGCGCACAACCCAGACUAUCAUAUACAGGCUGUGGCUGGCCAGAUCCAGACGAAACAGGACACAACUAAACAUGAUGACAGCUAUCAGGGGUACUCUGUUGCUGUUGGGGAAUUCAGUGGUGAUCAAGUGGAAGAUUUUGUGACGGGUGUUCCAAAAGGACUCAUGCUUUAUGGUUUGGUGUCUAUUCUCAAUGGUACAGAUCUGAAGGCCCUGAUUAACUACACUGGCGAGCAGAUGGGAUCAUAUUAUGGUUAUUCAGUGGCGACGACUGACAUCAAUAGUGAUGGGAUGGUCGACCUGCUAGUGGGAGCUCCCAUGUUCAUGGUCCGAGGCUCCGAUGGCCGUCUGGAAGAGAUGGGCCGGGUUUAUGUUUACUUGCAGCGCAGCCCUCUAAACCUGGAGCUCAGCCUACCUCACCUUACAGGCACUCAGGUGUUUGGGAGAUUUGGCAGCACCGUUGCACCAUUGGGAGAUCUGAACCAGGAUGGAUUCAAUGAUGUGGCUAUCAGCUGUCCAUUUGGAGGGGAGGAGCAGCAGGGACUGGUUUACAUCUAUAAUGGAUACUCAGAAGGACUCAGGGAAAAGCCAUCUCAAAUUAUCACUGGCCAGUGGGCUGCUGGGGCCAUACCUGCUAGCUUUGGAUUUGGCCUCAGAGGUGCUAAAGACCUGGACAUGAAUGGAUACCCAGAUCUCAUUGUUGGCGCCUUUGGUGUUGAUAAAGCAGUCCUCUAUAGAUCCCGCCCAAUAGUAAACACCAUUGCAACCCUGACAGUUUACCCCACCAUGAUCAACCCUGAAGAGAAAAACUGCAUCAUCACUAAUGGAAACUCCAGCAUUCCUGUUUCCUGUGUCAACCUGAGUUUCUGUAUAUCCGCUGAUGGGAAGCAUCUACCAGGCAUCUUAGAUUUCCAGGUGGAGGUGCAGCUCGAUAGUCAUAAGCACAAGCAGAAAGGUGCAGUGAAGAGGGCUCUGUUCUUAGAUUCCCAGCUGCCCUCGCUCCAGCAGAGUGUGAGAGUGCGCCGUGGCGAGCGCAUAUGCAACCAUACAACGAUCUACUUAAGAGCUGAGAAAGAAUUCAGAGACAAACUCUCCUCCAUUUACGUGGCCUUGAACUACAGCUUGGAUCCCAAAGCUGCAGCUGACUCCCACGGCCUGCGGCCCAUCCUCAACUAUCAUGCCGCCAGUGUCAUUGAACAGAAGGCUCAGAUUCUGUUGGACUGUGGCGAGGACAACAUCUGCGUUCCUGACUUGAAGCUGGCAGUCCAUGGGGACAGGAAGGAAGUCUACCUGGGUGAUGACAACUCGCUGACCUUGACUUUCAACGCCAGGAAUGAGGGUGAGGGAGGGGCGUACGAGUCAGAGCUGUAUGUGGUGCUGCCCCCUGAAGCUGAUUACAGCGGUAUUGCCCGCAAUAAUGAGAGCCUGACCCAGCUGACCUGCAGCUAUGACACGGAGAACCAGACCAGAUACCUCAUCUGUGAUUUGGGAAACCCGAUGAAGUCUGGUACUAAUCUUUGGGCAGGUCUGCGCUUCACAGUGCCACGAUUGAAGGACACGCACAAAACUGUUCAGUUUGAGCUGCAGAUUCGCAGUAAAAAUGAGAAUAAUUCCGACAGUGAGGUUGUGCCUUAUAAGCUGGAAGUGGUUGUUCAGGCUGUCGUCAUUCUACAAGGCGUGUCUCGACCAGAUAAGGUCUUCUUCCCGCCAGUCAACUGGAAGGUUACCAAAAACCUCGGGGUGGAGCAAGACGUCGGGCCUUCCGUGGAACACAUCUAUGAGCUGGUGAAUAACGGGCCCAGCCGGAUCAGCCAAACCUUGCUUGAGCUGCGCUGCCCCCUCAGUAUCCAGAGCCACAAUCUCCUUUAUCCACUGGAGUUCUCCACAGAAGGCCCCAUCAACUGCACCGCUGACAAAAACAUGAACCACCUGCACCUAAAACUCCAGCGCACAUCCACAGAACCACCUCUCCUGGCACUAAAGGCCCAUGAGCACCAUGUUGAGAGGAGGGACGUUCACAAGAAUCAACUCGCUCAUUUGACUAACCUGUCCUGCUCUAAUGCUGAGUGCUGGACGGUCAAGUGCAAUGUGGGUCUUCUGGAGAAGGGGACUACUGCUAUCCUGAAAGUGCGCUCCCGCGUUUGGGCUGAGACCUUCAUUGAGAGAGCUUAUAAGCAGCAUGUGCUGGAGUGCCUGGCCAGAUACCGUGUGGAGAAAAUGCCCUACGCCAUCCUUCCCAAACAUUCUCCCAGUGGACACAAGAAGGUGGUGACCCCAGUGGUGUGGCACAAGCCAGAUAUUGAGAACUCUGUUCCUCUGUGGAUCAUCAUCUUGGCCAUUCUGGCUGGUUUACUUCUUCUGGCUCUACUCAUCUAUGUCCUGUACAAGUUUGGCUUCUUUAAACGAUCUUUACCUUACGGCACUGCCAUGGAGAAAGCACAACUCAAACCACAGGCUGCUUCUGAGGCUUAGACCAGAGCUUCCAAAACCACCGUACCUGGCCAUAUGAUUGCAACGGAGAAACCCAAUGGAACAUGUAGAGUGGAUCAGAAAGCAGUUGAAGAGUUCAGCAAAAGAGAGACCACUGGAACUCCACUGUGCUGCACUAGAGGAAGACAAAAAUCCAAAGAUCUCCACGCCAAAUGAAUGUUAUUUUUUUUUCUUCUUUUAAUUUAUGUCUUGUUUGUUGGCAGGUUGGGAUUGUUACCCAAUAGAACUUUUCUUAAUGCCUCGAGGCUAACAUCAGAUUGAACUACAGGAAAGUGACUGCAGAAAUCGCAGGCCUUCAACCUGUCGAUGCAGCAAGAUGCCUGUUGGGUUUCCUUUUGUGGAUUCUUGUGAUGGAGAAGUUGUGUAACACCCCUUUUACUGCCUUAUUUUGGUGCUAAUAAUCUGUUGUGUUCACUGCCUCUAAAGGAUAAGGUCAUAUGUUGCUUUUGGCAGCCAGGAAGUAUCAAUCAUGCUGCCUGUCAGGGGAGAGUAUUCUUCUCAUAUCUCCUGAACACAUGGUUUUAUUGACAGUAGAUCAGUUAACAGGUUUCAGGUGAAAACAUUAACCUGACUAUAGCGGAGGUAAACUUAAAUCUGCUCAGCAGCUCAAUCUUUUAUCACAGAAGUUAAAUAUUUUAUAUGAUUUGAGCCCUGACCUGUACAGGGUGAUCCCCUGAUUCUUGCCAAAUGCAUGCUGGGAUAGGCUCCGGCACCCCGCAAGCCUGAACAUAAUAAGCGGGUAUAGAAAAUGCAUGGAUGGAUGUUUGUAAACUGUUCAUGAAAAUGAUCUCUCUCUGCCUCAGGUUGGUGGACAGUGCUGGGUUGAGUUGUUUUUGCACUCAAAGGAAAUCUACUGAUUUUAAUUCCAAAGACGCCAAAGACUGACUGACCUUCCUUUGAGUUCUGAUUUUGACUCCUACUGAUCACUUUGUUUAAAUCCUGUUUGUUCGUAUUCAGAGUUACCAAUGCUGGCAUCGUCAUUGUUAUUGUAGUCGACUGGGAUGGGACUGGAACCACCACCGACCUGAAACCUCACAUUGGGCUUGAAGCAGUAUUGUGCUUCUGUUUUAAAAACAAAAAAGAAAAGAAAAAAAGUGGUGUUCUCCUGAAGAGCAUUUUUACUUUCUUUACUCCUGCUUGGUUUGUGUUGGGCUUAUUUUGCACUGAAAUUGCAUGCAAGCAAAUGACGCCUAAUGUAAACCACAGAGGUAAUGGCCAUGCCAUAAUGAUGUCUUGAACCAAAGACAUGACAAUCAGCAAUGUUGUAGCCUUCACAGAGACUUUUACUCUGAAACCAGGAAGGAUCAUCUCUCAUUUUGAGUGUGAAGGAUCCAUUUUCAGCUUACAGUGUGUGUUACUGUGAUAUACUGUAUUUUUGAUUGUCUAUUUGAGUAAAAGAUGCCCAUGUUAGAAAGAGAAGUGGCUGAAGUCAUCCCACUACCAAAAGGCUACAGGGACAGAAUAUUAAAAUGCUUAGUGUUGGUUUCUUUUGUCUUGUACAUAGAUUGUAUGUGCCUUAAAUGUAAAUACUUAAUGUCUGAGUUGGAAUAGUGUGUGCGCUUGCAUGUAUACAUGUGUUACUUCAUGCAUACAUGCAUUUGUGUGAAUGGUGUAUUUAUGAAUGUUUGUUUUUGUGUAUGAAUUGGUUAUUACCUUUCCCACUGCUUAGUCCACGUUAUCCCUAUCACCUCUGUAGCUUAAAAUCACUGAGGUAAAGGCAUUCUGCAAUUCUAUUGAUUAGGAUCGCAUAAAUGCAGCCACUGUCCGGGAUGACUUUUAUUAACAGCACAGCAGCAAUUAAAAUACUUGCAACCUCAGUGGAAAUCCACCCGAAAGACUAAGUCUACCGUCUGGAUAUUGGCAUCCUACAGGAUGUCUUGUACCUCUGACAAAGGGAUGACAAACUAGGCACUGGGAACUAAAUGUUUGGAAGUGCAAUAUUUAUAUCCACUCUUUUUUUAUAUAUUACAGUGCUUUCUUUUAUUUUAUGUUUUAUUUGUGACUGCAUUGUGAUAAACCAGAACUUUGUAACACGUAGUGAUGUGUGUAAGUAUGUGAUAAGCACAUAGACUAAAUCCUUUGUCAGGCUCUGGCUUUUCACCUUCACUUGCUUUCUCACUAAGCAUACUUCAAGUGUGUUUCUACUUCAGAUGUACUCACCACUUCAUUGCUGGACCACUUUUCUGAUUGUACUGAUUUUUUACGCCACAGACUGACAGAAACUCCAACCACAAGAACAUAUCCGAGUUGAACUUUGGUAUGUUGACAUAGUUUGAUGAAUUAUGUGCUGUAUAGUUGCACCUGUCCAAACACCACCGUUACACUUAACCAUAUGUGUUACAUUUGUUUGCCUCAUUUCAGAUGCCCCCUCUCAUUGGAGUGAUUUACUAUUUGUCAAAUGUCUAAAAAAUCCCCAUUGGUAAUAGAUUUCAAACCUUUGACAUUGCCUACUAGAAAGUUCUUUACUGAACAUGUCAACGCAUAAUUUAUGACAGGGGAUGAUUUUACUACUUCCUCCAUGCUUACAUCAGGAGAAGGCACCCCCACCCCCUCUUUUUUAUCAUGUCUUAGCCCAUUUUCACUCUCCAGGACUUUCAAAAAGGAGUUGUAUAUAUUUAUGACAAGGAGAGUAUUUUGGAAUUAAAAUGAUAACUGAUUUGUUGUGAUUUUCUCUCACCCCAUAUUGGGGAGAACAUUUUUGUUAACAGGGAAGGAAAGGGGGGGCUCUUUGGAGGUCAUUUUUUUGCCUGUUAUGGUUUGUACUUUGAAUAAAAUAUUUCCCUUU